AUGACCUCAGCAGCAAAAGAGUUGUAUAGGCCAAUUCCAAAAGUCAUCAAGCACUACUUCCCAAAGAAAAAGGUCAUCUUUGCAGGCACUGACCCUGGUAUUGUCACAACUACUACGACGAUACCCAAAACACUUGAAGAAAUAUGUGCUGAUAUUGAUCGCUUUCAAGCCCUUUUACUUUCCGGCACAGAUGGAUUUGAUAAACAAUUCAGUGUUAAGCAGCUCCCUAGGUGUAGUAAAAUUACCUCUGGUCUUAUCAAUAGUGUGACUUUCCUAAGGCGUCAUCAAAAGAAGGAUGAGCGAAGGCGAACAAAUGGUAUGGAUGAAUUGAUCCGGCAAAAAAAGUUAUCCAAAGGGCACCGGGAGCGAGAAAUCCGCAUUCAACGAGCCUACGGAAAGAUUAUUGGGCAAGAACGGAGGCAAAUUCGGGCAUAUGCUCAACCUUCUGUCGGCAAGCAAGUACCAGCGAUAAUCCAUUGUUGUGGACAUUGGAAGAGCACGGGAAGUACCAUCAAAGGACAGUCGCGGAGAGGGACAAAAAAAAUUAUAGAGCAAUAUCGAAAUCAUGGGCAUGUUGAGUUCACUAAUGAGCGCAAUACAUCAAAGAUAUGCCCGUAUUGUUUCUCUGAAAUCGACCUCCACAAGACCCGUCGCAUUGUUAACGGAACAGAAAAGAUCGUGCGGUGCAGUUGA